AACAGCACUGAGGCAGUGAAGCAUCCAAGCUACUAAUGUUAGGAUUGGAGGUCAGAAGCUGCUCUAUGGGGAGAAAGGGAAGCCUUUUAAUGGACUAAGCCAGGAGCGUGCCUUCCUUUCCCUCCUUACCCACUCCCCAUUCUUCUUCUUUUUCCUGCAAAGGGUAUUGCUUUCGAUGACAAUACCAGACCCUAAGAGGCCGACAGUCUGGAUACAGCAUGACAGGGCAGACUGCAGGAGGUUGUGAGGGCUGCUGAAGAUGUCAGAUAGUCUGGAUGCUGAAGAGAAACCUCCAGCCCCUCCACUGAGAAUGAACAGCAACAACCGCGAUUCUUCAGCAGUGAACCACGGCUCCAAACCUCUCCCCAUGGCUCCAGAAGAGAAGAACAAGAAAGCUCGGCUCCGUUCCAUCUUUCCAGGAGGGGAUAAAACCAAUAAGAAGAAGGAGAAAGAACGUCCUGAAAUCUCUCUCCCUUCAGACUUCGAGCACACGAUCCAUGUGGGGUUUGAUGCAGUCACUGGGGAAUUCACACCAGAUCUCUAUGGCUCACAGAUGUGCACAGGGAAGUUUCCAGAGGGGAUUCCGGAGCAGUGGGCUAGGCUGCUGCAGACCUCCAAUAUAACAAAACUGGAACAGAAGAAGAACCCUCAGGCUGUUCUGGAUGUCCUCAAAUUCUAUGAUUCCAAAGAGACAGUAAACAACCAGAAAUAUAUGAGCUUUACAUCUGGAGAUAAAAGUGCCCAUGGAUAUAUCGCAGCCCAUCCUUCGAGCACAAAGACUGCAUCAGAACCUCCACUGGCUCCCCCAGUUUCUGAAGAGGAGGAUGAGGAAGAUGAUGAUGAUGAUGACGACGACAAUGAGCCGCCACCUGUUAUUGCCCCACGGCCAGAGCAUACAAAAUCAAUUUACACACGUUCUGUCAUUGAACCUGUUGCGGCUCCAGCCCCGGUGAAAGAACCCACAACCCCUCAGCCUGAGAAUUCCAACUCAAACACCUUGUAUAGAAAUACAGAUCGGCAGCGGAAAAAAUCCAAGAUGACUGAUGAGGAGAUCCUAGAGAAAUUAAGAAGCAUUGUAAGUGUUGGAGACCCGAAAAAGAAAUAUACAAGGUUUGAAAAAAUUGGCCAGGGAGCUUCAGGUACAGUUUAUACAGCGAUAGACGUUGCCACAGGGCAGGAGGUGGCUAUAAAGCAAAUGAAUCUCCAGCAGCAACCCAAAAAGGAAUUAAUAAUCAAUGAAAUCCUGGUCAUGAGGGAAAAUAAGAAUUCCAACAUAGUUAACUACUUAGAUAGUUACCUUGUUGGUGAUGAACUUUGGGUGGUAAUGGAGUACUUGGCUGGUGGCUCUUUGACUGACGUUGUUACAGAAACCUGCAUGGAUGAAGGGCAGAUAGCUGCUGUCUGUAGAGAGUGCCUGCAAGCGCUGGAUUUCUUGCAUUCAAACCAAGUGAUCCAUAGAGACAUCAAGAGUGACAACAUUCUUCUUGGGAUGGAUGGAUCUGUCAAACUCACUGACUUCGGCUUCUGUGCUCAGAUCACUCCCGAGCAGAGUAAACGGAGCACAAUGGUGGGUACCCCCUACUGGAUGGCUCCUGAAGUGGUGACAAGAAAGGCAUAUGGGCCCAAAGUGGACAUCUGGUCUUUAGGGAUCAUGGCCAUAGAAAUGGUGGAAGGAGAACCUCCAUAUCUCAAUGAAAAUCCUCUCAGGGCCUUGUAUUUGAUAGCUACAAAUGGGACUCCAGAACUCCAGAAUCCCGAGAGACUCUCUGCUGUUUUCCGAGACUUUCUGAACCGCUGUCUGGAGAUGGAUGUUGACAGGCGAGGGUCUGCGAAAGAGCUCUUGCAGCAUCCGUUUUUAAAACUGGCCAAGCCGCUCUCCAGCCUGACUCCCUUGAUCAUCGCAGCCAAGGAGGCCAUAAAGAACAGUAGUCGCUAGCGCGCUGAGUCGCGUGUGUGCCCAAUUCCUCCACGGCAGGACUGGACAAAUACUAAGUAGAGCCUCAGACUCUUCUGACGGAGGAUGGGCAGACAGAAACCGACACUCUCACAGUCCACCGGGGGAGGGAGGGAGGCAGCAGCCUUCUGCCCCUUCCCCUGGAAAAGAAACCUAUCACGUAUCUUCUUCCCACUCUACAAUUCCCCAAUUUAUUUCUGAAUGGGAGCCUGAUUGAGAGGGGCAGGACUGGAAGCCUCUGUGCUCUUUUGGCCAUUUCCAGAGCACCGAUGGCACAGCCCAACCAGCGCUCAACCAGGCAGAAGUGAUAGGCCCAAACAUCCUGCCCUCCCCAUUUUUGAUUUUUGAUUUUGUGGGGCAAGGGGGGCUGAAUUUGUGGCCUCUUUCACCCUGGUUGUUGGGACAGACCCAAACUGUUUGCAAACCACUGGUCUAUUUGCUUGUCAUGAGAUAAGGAGGAUCAUGAAGAAGCUUGCUUUAUUUAACCAAAAGAAAAAGAAAGAAUCAUAGAAUCAUAGAAGUUUAAGGGGCCCUGAGGGUCAAGAAAGAAAGAAAGAAAAAAUAAUACUAAAUCAAGAAGCAGGUCAGUCUCAGCAUCCUCUCUGAGAAUUUAUGCUUCGAAAUACAGAAUACAGAUAGCAAUUGCAUUCCUGGACAGCCUGGCGAGGGUGUCAUGAAUAUUGGUGCUUUUGUGUUGGUGAGUUUUCCCUUCCCAAAGCAAAACAGACAAAUAGAAGCAUAUAAACACAGCAGCUGUGAGUAUGUGGCAGUGGGACCAUUCCUGCCUGGUGUCCAUUCGCUUCUCCAUAAUGCUGAGCUGCUCCUCUCCAAAGGACUGGAACAGAAGGCCACCUUUCUGCUUCUUACUCCACAGCUGUUCCAUAGAUUGGUGGAACUGGAAUCGCUGUCCCCAGUUUAAGAUAACACCCCAGUGCUAACCACACACACAAACUUGGGAGAAAUUCCCUUUGAUUUCAGGACAGCAACAAGGCAGGCCAUCACCUCCAUCCAUGAUGGUGCUGCCUUGAAGGAAAGAAUCUCAUGCAAUGUUAGUGUAAUUGAAUCUAGGAGGAAGAUGUGGAAUCUGUGGGCCUCCAGAUGUUGUCGGACUACAACUCCCAUCAUCCAUGACCAGUGGUCAUGUUCAUCACAAUGGACAUGAGGCUGAUGGGAAUGGGAGCUCAACUGCAUCUGGCGGGCUGCAGGUUCUCUGUCUCUAGUCUAGGGUAAAUCCAUUCUCAUUAUGAUGCUGUUAAUGGAAUUUGUCAUUUUCCCUAGAAAACUGAAAGCCACCAGACUGCAUAUCUAGCAAUCCCACUGAAUAGGCUUUGGAAAGGGGCUAAUAAUAAUGAAGAAUUCCACAAGACUGUUGUGUCUACUGUAAGGUUCGGCCUUCUUGAACAUUACCGCCCAUGCAGAAUGGGAAAUGUGACUAAAUAUAAGUAGUUAAGAGAACAGGAAAUGCAGCAGUAUACAGCUUGGUGGGAGGAUUUCUUUCUUCUCUCUUCCCACAAGCCUGUUGUGAUCUGUGACCUGAAUUGCAGAAGACUGAAUCUUCAAUAUCUAGACUCCCUGCAGUCUAGCUAUGACUGUGAAUAUUUGUUAAAGCAGCAUAUUAGCUUUUGUUUAAACAAUUAGUUUUUCUGUUUCCUCCAACUUGAGUUGGGCAGAUCUAGUUAUCUUUUCUCAAAAAGAAAGAAAGAAAGGUUAGUUUGGAAUCCUUAUUUCUAGAGUUGCCAGAUAUUUUACUGCCUUUCCUCCCCACCCCUGCAUUUCUGAGAGCAGAUCAAUCUGCAGAAAUUAGCAAUGGAUAAUCAUACUUGUCUCUGUGCUCUUAAAAGCUUCACCUCCUGAUUCCUCUGCAUCAAGCUGCUCAUAAAAGUACAGGAAUUGCCCAGGCUGUGGAUAGUCCUACUUGUUGCCAGAAGUGACUUGCUGGGAGGGGUGUGUGUGUGAAGCUGCUUUGCUAGCCUCCUGGCAAUUGGGUCACUGUUGUUUUCCAGGAGAGGGUGGAGUGAGGCAGUGGAGAAGUCAGCGUGGUGCAAACACGUUGGAGCCAAUGCUGACCUCCCCACCACCUCUCCCUGCUAGGGAGCAACAGCAACAGUGACCCACCUGCUGGGAAGUUAGCAAGAGUGACUGUGCAUCUACUUCCACUUGUUCCUUAUUUUAGGAACAGUGCUGUGGGCAGUGCUAAGCCUGCUGUUGCUGGGAGUGUGUGCAGAUGGGAGAUUGCUUGCAGUCCAGGGAGGAAGAGAGAAGGAGGAAGAGGGCAAUAAGUUUAAAUUUUGGAUGUUUAUGCUUUUCAGAGGCAGGGACAGUCAUCAUCUCUUGGAAGUUAAAUUUCCCCAAUGCCCCAUUUGACAUGCUGUAUCCAUCUUUGGGGACGCGGGUGGCGCUGUGGGUUAAACCACAGAGCCUAGGGCUUGCUGACCAGAAGGUCAGCGGUUCGAAUCCCUGCAACGGGGUGAGCUCCCGUUGCUCGGUCCCAGCUCCUGCCAACCUAGCAGUUCGAAAGCAUGUCAAAGUGCAAGUAGAUGAAUAGGUACCGCUAUAGCGGGAAGGUAAACGGCGUUUCCGUGUGCAGCUCUGGUUCGCCAGAAGUGGCUUUGUCAUGAUCCCUCGGCCAAUAACACGAGGUGAGCGCCGCAACCCCAGAGUCAGUCAUGACUGGACCUAAUGGUCAGGGGUCCCUUUACCUUUUUAUCCAUCUUUGGUUGGAUUUCAUCCCAUCUCAGGCAUUCGCAUUCUCCGUUCUAGUUCAGUGCCGCUCUCUAUGUUGUAACUGUUCUUAAUGUUGCCCAUUGGUGGCAGCAACAGUGGCUGCUGCCUUCUGUCUUUGUUUCAUGGGGACUGUGCUGAAGAAGUUGGUAUUUUUGAUGGUAACUCUCUUUCUGCUGAUGCUAAGAUGUUGCUCUAUUGGGGAUCAGGAUUGCUCUAUUGGGGAUUUUAUUUUUAUUUUAUUUUAAAUAUGCCUAGAUAUCUAGAUAUAUUUUUUAUUUUACUUGUCUAUAGAAAGAUGCAUUGCUGCUUAAGGACACUCUGUAAUUUGGGAAAUGGGCCAAAGUGUCAAUCACCCACUAUUUUACUAAUCUAUCCAAUAAAAACUGUUUUGCCAGCAAAUUAGCACUGAGGUCUGAAAACCUCAUGAGCUCCAGUCUUUGUCAGGCUCCACCCCUCAUCUUCAAGAUUCCUCCCUUGUGCCGACAUUACUCUUUAGAUCAGGCUCUGCCAAACUGGUGUCCUCCAGAACAUUAAAGGUUCAAUAUUCUCUGGCCUCCAGCACAAGGGCUGCUGUAAUAGCUUAAGGGCAAGAAUAAUGGUUGUACAAUAUGAAACGAGCACAACAGUUGUGCUAGCAGAAGCUUCUUGUGAAAAAGGUAGGAUUAGGGCUAUAGGAAUAUGUUUGUGCAAUCAGCCACGAGAACCUUACUGGCUUCCUACACCAUCUCUAUCACAACAGCCAUUCCACUAGGGCAACCAGUACACCACUAAGGGACUUUAACACAGCACUACAUUGAAUUCCCACCAAUGACUUCAGCUCCUACCCACCCUAGCCUGUAUAGUUCUGUUGGCUGGGGGAUAGUGUGGGUGGUAGUAGGAAGUAUCAGGUUGCUGAAGAUUGGUCUAGAUUAUUCCCUGGUUCCUACCCACAACCUUCCAGAACCUUCCUUUGCCCCUGACCUGCCAGGUUCUCCAACUGGGUCCGUUACCGGAGCCUCCAACAAAAGGGCAGCAUUACUUUUGAAAUACCAAAUCCAUCAUUAACCCAGGAAGGGAAAGUUCAGUUCCCACAGUCCGGAACCUAUACAGGACAUUCUGGUCACACCACUGCGAGGGUCUAGACGAUACCAUGCAUUAUGGAUGAAAAAGUGUGUGUGUGUGUGUGUGUGUGUGUGUGUGUGUGUGUGUGCAUCCACAAGCAAACUCUCCAUGCUCAUAUUUGUGUACCAACAUCUAAAUCCUCCUAAUAUGAAAUAUUUGGAUACCACUGGAUUUAGGUGUGUGGGGAGGGGACUGGAUCCUUAUCUCCCCCCAAGUCUGACAGGUGAGGACCCCUGCCAAUCAUCUGACAUCACAACACCAGGUGGCUUGUUUUUCCAUAGUGCUGUGCUGAUCAGUUGUUUGACAAUGCCUGUAAAUCCCCUUUGAGCCCUGCCACCUCUUAAGCUAGCCCUUGCCUGACAAAUAAGAUAUCUGGUAUAGGGCAGAUGAGCACCACCUGGACAAAACAGGGAGACUUUCUUGGCCUAAUUUGGCCUGCAGGCCUUAGUACCAGGUGCCUGACUUUCUCUUCUUUUGCAGCUGGCCACAUGCUACAGCACCUGCAAAGAAAGUGGGCCGGCUGCAUCAUGCAGCUGAUGCUGGGAGUCCACAGUGCAGAACUGCGUGCUUACCAUGCAGUCUUUUCUGUGUCCCUUAAGUGAGCCCGAUACCCUCAAGCACACUAUCCCAUUGUCAGUCCUGAAUAAAAAUUCACCUCCCAGCCUCUGAGCAUGGAAUGAGUGGUGGUGGUUGCCAUCUUGCCUUCUUCAUGCAGCAAAGGUCAUGGGUUGGUGUUUAAGAAGCUAAUAUUAGGCCACACUUAGUGUUGAGUCACACUCAGUGUUAAGAAGAUUCCUGCUGGAUCAGGCCAGUGGUCCAUCUCAUUCAGUGUCCUGUUCCCACAGUGCCCAACCAGGUACCUAUAAGCACAGAAGCACUCCUCCUUUGGUUUCCAGGGAAGCAUUAUUGCUUCCAACAUUGGAGGCAUAGCAUAGCCAUCAGGUUGGGGCACACUGAAUAUUGAUAAAUUCAGUACAAGCAAAGAGGUUGUAUUUCACACAGCACACACUUAAAACUACAGAAUGUGCUUAUUAUAUAUUAUUUAAUAACAAAUUUAAUAAUAGAAAUGUGCUCCUGUGAGAUGUAGUGAUAGCCACUAAUGUGGGUGGCUUUAAAGGGGGGUCUUAGUCAAAUUCACACUAGAAAUGGAUAUGAGCCAUGAUGGCUAUGACCCAGUUCCACUGUUGCGGGAGGGCAGUUUACCAGUUGCUAAGAAUCAUAGCUGGGGAGAAUACUGUAGCACUUGGGUCCUGCUUGUGGGCUUCCCCUGGACAUAUGGCCGGCCCCUGUGAGAAUGGGAUGCUGGACUAGACAUAGAUACAGCAGGCCUCUUCUUACGUUCUCAUGUGAUCCUACUAAAGCCUACAAGCAAUGAAAGAUCAAUUUCCCCAACCUCCAGGGUUGGAUUUGGAAUGGGGUUAUUGCAAAUAAAUUAGGCUCUAUUUGACUUGGGCCUAUAUUAAGUUCCAUUAAGGUCUCGUUGUGUCCCAUGGAAGAUGCCAAGACCCAUGUUACCCAUAGAUCCUUGCAGGUAGGGCACUCCUGUGAGCUUUUGCAGUAACGUUGCAAGUGCCACAACCCAUUGAAGAUAUGGUUCCCAUUUAUCUUGAUUACUCCUACUAGGAUGUCAGAAUCCACACAAAAUGUAGAUCCCAUAAAUUCUUCUAUCCGAGACAAUGCCAAGGCAAUACUGAGAGUUGUUGUCCUCAAUAUUUCAGCCACUUUGUAAGUUUGGAAGGGGAAGGGAAAUGCAGAAACUACAUCAGGAAGGAAUGGCACUAGGCCAAACCUAUCAUUAGGCCAAGCCUAAAUGUUCAAAUGUGUUUGGCUUAGCUCAUAGUGGGCUCAGGCUUUCCAAACCAGGAGGUUUGGAAGAUAGCAGCUCAUUUAAAGUUCACAUCAGUCCCAUGCUCAGUGACAUGGCACAGUUCAGGCUUCCUUAACAUCCAGUAAUUCAAGCUUCAGGAGUAAUAUGAUAUACACACACCCUUUUCCAAAGUGCAUUUCACCCCCUUCUUAGCCAUAUUGAAAAGAAAAUGCUUUGCAUACAUUUGCAUAUGUUUCAUUUUCCUGUCCAUUUUUUCUCACAUUCUCCUUCAUGCACCUAAAUGUGGAUGAUAACAAAACAGUCCAAUCAAACAAUAUUACCUGCACAUGCAAAAUUGCAUUAGCACAGACUUUUCAGAUGUAAGUCUGUUUCAAUUUGUAGGCCUAAAAUUUCAUUUUACUUUUUGAGAGAUAUUCAUUCUGCUACCCUAACUGCCCAGAUCAAGCUCUCUUCUUUCUCUAAUCCAGCAGGCUGCAUUCAGAACAGGCAUGGCUACAAGUAUGUAGCCCCAUUUAAAAAAAACAAAACAAAAGAUAAAUACACUGGGAUCCAGCUGUCCCUGGGGAAAAAAGGGAGAGGAGUAGUCGAAAUUAGCCCCUCGAAUUUCCCACACCAAAUAGCUAGUUGAUGCACAUGGUCCUUCCCUCUUGUUUGGUUUGGUUGGCACAAGUUCAUCCAUUGAUUGAUCAUCAUGCAUUCCCUGACCCUUGCACUGCAGUCCAAACCCUGUAUUGGGUUGGCCCUAAGUGAUUCAUCACAAUUCUUUUUAGCAUUUUUUUAAAAAUUAAGCCCUGUGGAUGCAAGCCACGGGGAAGGGUCAUGGAUCAGUGGUAGAGCAUCUCUUAUACCCACAGAAGGCCCCAGGUUCAAUCCUUGACAUUUCCCAUGUAGAGCUGGGAAAGACUAUUGCUUGAAGCCCUGGAGAGCUGCUUCCAGUCAGUGCUGAAGUAGCUGGACCAAUGGCCUGACUCUGCAUAAGGCAGUUUCUUGUGCACCUAUGGAAUGUACCUCUGAAAGCCCCGCAUAAGCAAAUGUGAUCUGUUCAAUCUCCCUUUUGCAAGGGAGGUUGCCUAGGAGACCUUUAGGGUGGAUUGUGCCCUUAGAAUUUAAACCCUCCUCAUAGGGAACAGUGGUCUCACCUCCACAUAAAUUCCCUCUGUCACAGCAUGCGGCACUGAACCUGUGAGUGAUUUAUUCAUUUACAUAAGGUGGCUGUGGUGUCUUCAUUUUUAUUUUAUUUUUUGCUAUCAAUUUUCUACAAUUUUUUAAUGGUGACAACAUAGCCGUGUGCAGGUGACUCUGGACUUUAAAAAUUAUUAUUAUUUAUUAAUUUAAAGUAUUUUCAGGUCACUUUUUCUGGACCGAUGUCCAUCCAAAAUCGCUUCACGUCAAAACAAAAGAUGAAAAGCAGUGCAUAGUAUAAAACAGUGCACAGCUUUAAAACUUUGAAUGCUACAAAUCAACACUUAAACCAUAAAGAACUGGGGGGUGGGGGUGGGGACGUAAUCGAAUCAGACCAUCAUCAGACCAGACAUCAGGCCUGGAAGACCUGCUGAAACAGAUAAAUCUCCAUAGCCUUUGAAACAAACAAAAAAAAACACAGCAUAGAGAUUUGGCCUCAGUCCACUGGAGGGUGUUCCAUAGAUGUGGGGCUGAUAGAGAAGGAAUUCUCCCUUGUGACCACCCACCUUAAAGCACUCCCACCCCAUUCAGAUGAUUGCAUGUAUUACUCAAAAUGUGGUAGGCCAACACCACUACGUUUGGGGCCCUCUAGCUCAUUGGAGCUACGAGAUAUCCUUGUAUGGCAUUAAUUCCAGAGGAUCAGCAGGUAUAAAUAAAAAACCAGGGGUGGUAUUCAGUUUCACAUGACUCAAUUAAUUUCAAUGGGUUUAUUCUGAGUAAACUUUGGUUGACUAUCACCUCAGGUCAGUCUCUUAGCCACCACCUCUCAGGGUGAUUAAGGCAUACCAUAGAGGAAGCUCAUUCUAGAUGGGCAAAGCUGUCCUCCCUUGUAAAUCCUGAGGAAAUUUCAACCCUAACUUGAUAACACAGAGCCUGUGAAAACUCUGUGAUGAUGGCUGGACUACACAAACAGCAAGUUUGUGGACUGCGCAACUAUAGUUUGCUGAUGGUGGUCUGCAUCAUGACUGAAUAUUCUCCCCUAUAAUAAGGACUCUCUGCAUCAUGGGUUAUCUGGCAUCAGAGAAGGACUCUAGCUCCAUGGUAGGGCAUCUGCUUUGCAUGCAGAAAGUGCCAGGUUCAAUCCUUACCAUCUCUAGGUAGGACCAGGGAUGUCCCCUGCCUGAAACAUUGGUGAGCUACUGCCAGUCGUAGAAUGGACCAAUAGCCUGAUUCGGUAUAAGGCAAUAAAACUGCUAUCACAAUUGCAAAGCUAAGCAGGGUCCAGUAUGGUUUCAAAUUGGAUGGAGGACUUGUGCAUUCAGAUUCUUUCAUGACAGGAGGUUGGACUAGUUGGCCCUUGACCCUUUACGUCCCCUCCAGCUCUACAGUUCUAUGGUUCUGAUGCAGCUUCCGAAGUCUAGACUUUUCCCUGAACUUGCUAGCUGUGAUUUUGUCUGAGUGUGUGUUUUGUGUGUGUGAAGAGAGACAGACAGACAGAGGAGUUCGAAUUUCCCAAAUGGCAUAGUCUAGGAGCAGUUACACCACUUCAGCUGCUCUUUUGUGUAGGCCAAGCCUGUAAGAAGCCAUUCUGGAAUGAGACACCACUACUCAUUAGCUCUUAUUACCUCAAACCAUUACCCAACAACAAACACUUAUGUGGCACUCGGGCAUAGCUAAUAUUGUACAAUUGCUAAUUAGCCCAGCCUCCCCUGUGAUGAUACAAUAUGGGGAUGGGGAAAUGGCACAUUAUCUAUUCUUGACCUCAAGGGGUCCCAGUACAGGAAAAUGCUAGCAGUAUAAUCAGGGAAACUCUGAUAAACAUAGGACAGGUUAUUUAAGGCAAAAGGAGGGAAGUCUCUUUGUGACUUAUUGAGUCACCUACGUAUGUCUGAGCAAAACCCCGAGGGCCCUCAACAGGCUCAAAGGAGUGGAGGGUAAUGUCCGGCUGUGGUUGUCUUAUCAUCCUGUUUGUGUUGGUCUGUCCUUGUAAAUAUGUACGUGCUUAUUUUCCAUCUUUGGCUACUGGUUGGCUGCUUCUCAUUGUAUACAGGUGAUCUCAAGUGUUUGUUUGUCCUGUCUAUAAAACUGGGUUUCUCCAAGACAAGUGGUUGAGCCUCUGCCCUAGUCAUUUUCUUCUGUUUCCCUUCGGAGUACAACACAUUCCAAAUUCUGAAGAAAUCAAAUGAUAGUUCUUAUCCUUCCUUCUUGAAUCUAGCCUACAUCCUGCUGUGUGUGUGGUUUUGGGGGGUGGGGCAUUGUUCACAGAAAGACUGUUUUUUGCAGCAGCAGCAACAACAAAAAUCUGAUAAAUAACUUCUAAAGCUAUUGAACUAUUUUUGUUAUUUGCUGGGUAUUCUCAAGAGAUUUGCACGUUUGCCCCAAUCCAGCAAGGGAGAUUUGCAGAGGGCAGAAAGCUACUGGACUGCAUUCCCAGCCAAUGUAGCUGCACAUUUCCAGAUGUGUUGAGCUCUUCAUCUGGGUCCCAUAUAACUAGCUAAAUGCAUCUUUUGAUGUGGCUGGGGAUCCACACCCCUACCCGGGCCACCACUUAUUGCAUGGAACUAGUAUUUGUGCUCAACUAGUGCUGGAAUCAGUUGAGGGCAAGUUGCUUACUAAUAGGAGCAGAACUCUUCUUUUGCAGUACCACAUUCUUAGGAGAUUGGAUCAGGGAUAUUCAUAUUACAGUCAAGAGGUGGGAGAAAAGAUUGUGCUUGACAGCCAAUGUAUGCUUAAUAAGAACCCAACCUGGUAUUUUGCUCAAGUUUCCAAUCUCCAGCUUGAUAUUUUCAGAGGUCUUGAAGCCAAAAUCUUCUUAUUGCUCCUGAUGAAUGACAUGAAGGACCACCUUUAAUUUAUUAAAAACUGGGCUGUGGUGUUGAUGUGUGUGUGAGAGGGGGGGGGACAUUUCAAUCUGGAAGUUGAAUCUCUAGCCACAAAGGAUUUGGGAAGAGCUAGUCAGAGAAAGUAAAACCAGGUUGGCUGGGUCUGGCCUGGUGCAGUGCAACUUUCUAUACUCCUUAAAUCCAAUUAAAUUUAAUCAUUGCCUGUGAUAUUUCCUACUGUUCAGCAAUCCUUUGCAUGGUGGAGAAUUUGACAUCAAAGAAAACAUGGACUGCAUAAAGCUCAUUGGUACCCACUCACUGUGAUUUCACAGAAAAUUACUCUUGCAACUUCUAGAAGAAUGUUUCCUUCGCACUAGCCUUUUCGUAAGGGGGGAAAUAUCCUAUACUGCUGGAUGACUAAACUUGCUUGUUGGUGGUGUCUCUUUGUGCUAGAUGCAACUGCCUCUGCUUCUUCAGCAAUGUCCACAUUUAGAGCUGCUGAUGUUCUGUGUUAAGUUUUAUUCAAGGCCUACCUGGCCAAAUGCAAUAAGGCAUUGGAAAUCAGCUGAGAAAGAGAAUUGACUUUCAAGCAUUGCAAACUGGUUUUUUCAAAGCAGAUAAAUUAAAGGGGACCAUUCCACCCACAGCCAUGCUCAAGGCAGCUCUUUGCCUCUUAUGUGUUUUUAAUUUCCCAAGAUUUGUGAGCAUGAACAUUGAAGGAUGCAGCAAGGGUGUGCAUCCAGCUGUCCACUGCUGCAAGGGACCUUGUUCUGGCAGAUGGAUGAGUUUUAAUGUUGCACAACACAGCAGCUGCGAAAACUCGUUGGCUGACAGAUUGCGCAAUCCACAGUGCCACAAAGUUACCAGCAACUUUCUUAUGCUUUCUGCUGUGCAACAAUGCUCCACGGACUCAAAACAUUUUGCCGGCAAAACAAGCAUAUCGCUAAGUGACUUUAGCUCAGCGCAACACUGUAUACCACCCAAUGUCUUCAACUUCUUGUUUGUCUUUGCAUUUGGGUAAAGAAUAAAUUGUUUUAAGUUAAUUCAACUCAUCUAGGUAAUAUGAUGUCAGGGUCUUUUGUUAACAAGGUAUGAGUGAGGAGAAGCUCCUCUGAUGUUCCCCGAGUAGCUCUCAGGUUUUCACCACCUUAAGGAAACAGCCAGUGGACCAAUUUCAAAGAUGGUUGUGUGAAGAACAAACUCUUCACCUUUAUUGCCUUUCCUAAGCUGAUUUGCUUCUGCCCUUUGGCCUCUCUUCUUUCCUCCCCCAGUCCUCGACGGCUGCUAACAUCAUACCAUCUAGCAAGCUGUAGCACAAUGGUCAAGCUUACUCUUUUCUUUCUCUUUGGACUAUCUGCUUUAAAAGCUGCACCUUUGAGCUGUGGUUUGGUAUCACUGCCAUCUUUCAAAUGCACAAGAAUUCUGCAGUAGACCAUCAUUUGUAGUUUCUGAGAAUCCCUGAGCUGAGAUCUCACCCAAGCAAAUGAUCCUGGUAUUGUAUAGAAAACCAGAGGAGAAUUAUACUGGCCUGAUCUUUUUAAAUUAAAACAUGACUUAUAUGACAGAAUAUUUCUGCUUGGUUUGCCUGAAUUUAUUAUAGUUACAGGCAAACCAUUGAUUGAGCAAGCUUAGCAGUGAUUUUACUAGGUGGCAGCAUAAGACAUGGAAGUGAGUGUUAAGAAGGCCUAAUUCUCCAAAGCUAUGCUACAUUCCAAGAUACAGUAGCUGAAGACCAAGCAAAUGGGCCAAAGCAGAAUAUUGUAAAUCAUGUUCAUACCAUACAUUUAAAGCACACUUAAAGCACACGGCUUCACCCAAAGAAUCCUGGGACCUGUAGUUUACCCCUCACAGAGCUACAAUUCCAAUUACCCUUAACAAGUACAGAUCCCAGGAUUCUUUGCAGGGUAAGUCAUGCUUUAAAUGUAUGGUGUAGAUGUGACCAUAGUUUAUAUAUGAGACAUUGGCUUGAGGAGUUCAGGGUCAAGUUUAAUUGUCUACACUACAUAUUUAAGCCAAAUUUAAUAUUUGCAUCCUAAUUCAAAAAAGAACGCUGGGGAAAUCUGAGGGAGUCUGGGAUUGGUCUCAAAUGAAGAAUUUUCAAUGCUCACACCAAAAGUGAAUUCCAAGCAUCCCUGGGGUAAGCAAUGGCAGUUAUGUGUUGGUGUAAGACUAGUUUAAGCUUGUGGUAUAGAUAUAUUUUAGGUCUCAGGGGAAGGGCUUCCACCUCUUUCUUGCACACACUGUUUGAGGCCAAAACAGGAAUCUGAGGCAUCACUUCUACCAACACUGUGAAAAUCAAUGGUGGCUUUGACCAUUAAGUAAUGAAAAGUGAAAUCAAAAGGACACACUUGUGGAAUAAUAAGGGUUGAUUUUAGCUGUAGAGGAUGGAAUGGAUACUUUGGUGAAAUGAGACUAGAAAUGAUGGCAAACAGUGACCACCAUAUAUGUUGCAAAUCCCAUAUUUGGGAGCUGGAGUAGAUGAUUAUUCUGAUGGUAGGUGAGCAACUAAAAUAUCUGAUAGCUGCUCCAGGGGCAGGAAAGAAGAUUUCAGAAGGGGAAAUACUUCAAAGGUCACUUGGGGUUCAAGACUCUGUAAUUUGUGUGAGAUACCAUUCAAGCACAUUUGUGCUGUGCUGUGUGUGUGUGUGUGUGUGUGUGUGUGUGUGUGUGUGUGUGUGAGAGAGAGAGAGAGAGAGAGAGAGAGAGAGAGAGAGAGAGAGAGAAUUAUUGUUAUGUGCCUAUAUUCUAAAAUAGUGACUCCAUGACUUUACAGUGUUGCUUCACAUAUCUGGGAUGUUUUUCCUGAGAUAAAGCCCCAUGGAUGUAGAGGGAAAAAUGUGUAGGAAACUAUAACUUGUGAUGUGCAACAUGCACACUUGGCUAUAAGUACAUGUCUGGAAGCAAAACGACAGCCUACAGAUGGUCAGGAAACACACUUUCCCGAUGUGCAAGUAUUAUUUCUGUGUGGGAAACCCAUAAUGUGUGAAGCACCUCUUCAGUCAGGCUCUACGAGGGUAAAUGAAAAUGCUUUUUGUGGUGGUUCCCUUAGCUACUGUUUUUAGAAUUUUACAGGGACGGUCAUAAUAUGGGUAAAAGAAGGGGGGUCAGGGAAUGGGGCUUGUGGAUUUCAUUAAAGCCUCCCUCCCCCCGAAAAUCAAGCACAUGAUUGUUUAUCACCCAAACAAAGCAUACUAGAAAUAUGAUGGUUUCGAUCUAAUAGAAUAUGAGGGCUAAGUAUGUAUAGCCUUAAAAAACAAACAAACUAAGGCUGAAAUCCCACCAAUCAAUGUUUGGUGUGGAAUGGGGGACGAGCUAUUGAAUCCAGUGACAGCACAUUUGAUUGGUGGGACUUCAAAGUAACACAACAUAACCUUGUCUGUUGGCUCAGGCUGAGGAGUUGUGCUUGUAGCACCAAACUGUUAAGUUCCUCCAACUAUGGUGAAGUACCAGGUUGGAAGUCUGUUUCUGUAUAUGAAAAAUUCCUAGCUAGAUCAGACUGAUCUGGACUGUUGAGGUUGCAAAAAAGAAAAUAAAAGAAAAUCUGUGCUGGGUAAAUUGAGGUUAAAAAGAAAAUUGCAAGCUUGACAGGAGUGAUUGUGUGUGUGUGUGUGUGUGUGUGUGUGUGUGUGUGACACAAGUGUUGCCUACGGGGUUUAUUUUCAGGGUUUCAAAAAAAAAAUUUGAACAGAAAAUAACCUACAUUCCCACUGUUUAACAUUUUGCUGUACAUUCUUUUCUUUUCUUUCAAACAUAUUAUUUCUUUAAAGGAAAAAAGAAAAAUUGUGUAGUGAAAUUCUUCUGUAACUUUGGAUUAAGAGAUACUUUUUAAAAAGAAAAGAAUAAAGCAUUCUUUCCUUUGUAAAUGUGCUGAUGGCAUGGAUUCUGCUUUCUGACAUCAGCAUCCUUUUUUUUAAUAAAAUGGAAAUAAAGAUUUUCUCCCCCCUCGUUUCCAAUAUUUUAAGUUAUUUUCAAUUGUGGUUGAAGCAAUAGAACAUUGAAAUUAUGGAUUGUGCAUGACAGUGUCUUGAGUGUAAAAAUAAAAUAAAAAUUGCAGUUUGAAACUUGGACCUAAAGUAUUGCAAAUA